AUGCAAAUACAUCAGAAGAGAUUCCUUCCCCGGGGCUCAGAGCAGAGCAGGCUCAGACAGGAGAGCAACACGAUGAGGCUGUUGGUCUUGCUGGCUGUGCUUUACAGUGGAGUAAGCAGCAGCAUUGUGCUGCAGAAAAUGUAUGGGAGGAUCACGUCCCCCAACUUCCCAAAUGGCUACCCAAAUCACAAGGAGAGAAUCUGGAAUAUUACUGUCCCCAAGGGAUAUUCUAUCCGCAUCUACUUCACCCAUUUCAACCUGGAGUUGUCCUACCUGUGUGAAUACGAUUACGUGAAGCUGAGCUCUGGUGGGAAGACCUUGGCUACACUGUGUGGGAAGGAUAGUACAGACACCGAGGAGGCUCCGGACAACAAGACAUAUGUCUCCGUUGACAACAACCUCAUGGUAGUGUUUCGGUCUGACUACUCCAAUGAGAAACCAUUCUCGGGCUUUGAGGCCUUUUACGCUGCCGAAGAUAUCGACGAGUGCAAACAGCUGUCUGAUGGUGAACCCCUCUGCAAUCACCACUGUCACAACUAUGUGGGGGGCUACUACUGCAGCUGCCGGGUUGGCUACACACUGCAUGGAAACAAGAGGACGUGCACAGCCCACUGUCAGGGUCAGAUUUUUACUGAAAGGCUUGGAGAAAUCACCAGCCCUGACAAUCCAACACCUCAUCCCUGGCUCAGCUGCCACAGCUGCACUAUCCAGGUAGAAGAUGGCUCCCGGAUCCCCCUGGAAUUUACAGAGACCUUUCAUGUGGAGGCACUCCCAGGCCUGUUGUGCCCCUGCCAUGUCCUCAAGGUUGGCCGUGUCCCAGUCCUGAAGCACCACCCCAUGGACACACGGCACCAGUGCAGGCGCGGCACGGUGUGGGUGACUGCUCUGCUCUCUCCAGUGACAUCAGAACCCUGCUACUGCCACUGCCAGCCUCAAUUCCUCAGGGACUGAACACUCCUGCUUCUUGGAGGAUUAAAACGUCGCGAAGUCUUUCGUAGCAGAAUGUCAAAGGGAAGCUUCUUGGAACAAACCCAUGGUGAAAUGCAUCGUUAUUGCUGCCUUCGUUGUUGUGUGGAAGAAGUGGAGAAGUGGGAGCCUGGAGCCUUUCCCUGGCAAGUGACGUUAGUGACAGAGCGAGGAGGAUUAGAGGUGGGUCACUUCUAUGGGACAACUGGGUUCUAGCAGCAGUAGUUGAUCAAAGAAACCCCUCAACUUUGAGGAUUAAAUUGGGGGAUUUUGAACAAAUGCUCGUUUUGCUAAGAAGCAGCAGAAAAAAUUUUUCUUCAUAAAGGUUAUAAAAAAUGAUCUUGCCAAUGUUGAGACUGUUAUUGUACUGGUUACACUGGAGCAGAAAGUCUCAUUUAGCACCAAUAUCACCCCCAUUUGUUUACCAGGUAAAGACAACAUCAGCCACAGGCCAUACACAGGGGUAGACAAACGCACCAUCUGAUGGAACCCCUUCUGGCAGCCACGGGGGGGCAGGGGGGGCACUGGCUCAGGGUCCGUGAUGGGUCCUGGGGGUCAGACUGGGCUGCUGUGGGGCAGGAGUCACCCAUUACAGCCUUUGCAUUGGAAGCGUUAUUUUAAAUAAUUCUUGUAAGACUUUUAUUUGCAAUUCCUACCAGCUGUUACUUAGAUUACAUUCACGGCUGGAGUAUUUAAAUUCUUAAUAAACAUUAAGGAUUGAGUGCUGUUUUCUAAGCGUAACCAUUCUGUUAAAAAAGACAAAAAACCUUGAGUAUGUAUUUGUUUUCUGUCCCACCAGCUGUUAAAAGACCUUUAAAUGUAAAAAAUUGCCAUUUGAAGGCAAAGAAGGUGUUACUUAUACUUUAUUUAAAGUACAAUUUUAAGUUUUAAAUAGUGCUGUGGAUUCGUGUAGGACGGCAGCUUUUGAACCAACUUGUGUCCAGCAAAAGCACGUGGAGCAUUGAGGUACCGUCCCCCUCUCCCUCCUGAGAAACCCCAGCAGCUCUGGCUGAGGCUGCAUUUGGGGACAUUUCCCUGCAGCGCUGUGGCUUCUCAGCUGACAGCAAAUUCUCAGAACUAAUUAGAAGCAAUAUUAUUAAAAAAACCCUAUUUUGACAGCA